AUGGCUCUUCAUGCAAAAACUUCACCAUUUAGAUCGUUUUCUCAUUCUUUCCAUUUCAGCCCAAUCCCGUCUGCGAUUGAAAGAAAGCUGUCUGAACGUCGUAGGCGCCCGCUUUCGCCGACAAUGCUUCCCGGUGUACGAUCACUCCCGAAGGAAGUUUCUGAAACGCUUAGAAGUCAACUUGUACCGGGAGAAUACUAUGCGAAAUCAGUAACUCAAUAUCUUGGUCCUUUUGACCAUGAACCAACUGCAGCAGAACUUCCUAGUGGUGAUGACUACUUCAUUUUGCAGAGUAUGGGUCGAAUGAGAGAAACAGGAAAGGUCAUAUUCCGAAACGUCCGACAACUCUCAAUUCCCGCAAGGGUUGUGCCUCCUCCACGUCCGAUCUCGCCAUCAGAGCUGCCUGGUGUUCGUCCUCUUACUAAUGAACUUGACGAGAAUACCAGGAAUAAUCUGGUUCCUGGAAAAUACUUUGCGAAGUCAAUGACGAGAUAUCUUGGACCAUACGAUAGCUUCCAACGAUCGAUACGCUUCCAGAGGGCGAGUCUUAUGUCAUUCUCCAGGAAAUGGGGAGACUUCCUACGGGUACAGUUCUUCGUAAGGUCACUCAAAUUGACCGAUAAUUGCUCAGAU